UUCUACCCUCCGCUUCACACCUCCACGCUCGCGUCACCGGACCGCCAUGGCCACCGCAGGCGCUCGACCUCCGGCGAAAUCCUACGACGUCGACGUCACCGUCGUCUCCGCCAAGCACCUGAAGAACGUGAACUGGCGUCACGGCGAUCUCAAGCCCUACGUCAUCCUCUGGAUUGAUCCUGACCGCCGUCUCGCCACUAAAUCGGACGAUUCCGGCUCGACAAAACCCGUCUGGAACGAGCGAUUCGUUCUCCCUCUCACGCUGCCGCCGCAGGAAUCGCUGCUCACCGUCGAGAUCUUCCACUCCGUCCCCUCCGAAACCCCCAAGCCGCUGGUAGGUACGCUUCGGAUUCCGCUCAAGGACCUGGUCGACUCGGGCGAGUCAACUCAGCUGAGAAAUUUCGAGCUCCGCCGCCCCUCCGGUCGUCCUCAAGGUAAGAUCCGACUCAAAAUCGCCGUCCGGAAGAUCCAGGAAUACCAGAUUCCUCCUCCAGCUAGCUACUAUUACUCAUCCGCACCUCCGCCGCCGGCUACACGCGACUACGGAGCGUACAAUCCCGCUCCGUACAGCUCACACGCGCCUCCACUACCUCCAACUACCUCGCCGCCGCCUCCUCUCCCUCCGCCGCACACUUAUCCCUACGGCGGAUACAGUGAUCCGUACUACCCCUGUUACUACUCCCAACCACCGCCGCCUCCACGGCCGUGGCAAUCCGCCGCGCCAGGACCGAGCGCCCCGGUGGAUUAUGCACCGUAUGAUCACAAACGCAGCGGGAAGAUGGGAGCGGGAGCGGGAUUGGCUGCCGGAGCUGUGGCCGGAGCCCUAGGAGGACUAGCAUUGAACGAAGGUUUAAAAUAUGAAGAGGAAAAGAUUGCAGAGAGAACAGAGAGUGACAUUGCUGCAAUGGAUGAUUACGGUAAAUACCAGCAUACAAAGUAAUCAAUUCCAUACUAUGAUAUGAUAUGAUUUUAUGCAUUGUAAUGUAUAUACAACUCGCUUAUCAUCAAUGUUGUGUGUUCCUUAAUAUGCAUGAUAGUAUCCAAUAAAGUAAAUUCUUGAAUUGCAUCCAUC